UAUGUACGUGUAUUUAUUCAUUCUUCUAACUAUCAUCUCUGCUGAGGAUUAUUACAAACUAUUAGAAAUAUCACCAGAAGCAAGUGAUAAUGAUAUCAAAAAGGCCUUUAGAAAACUAUCUGUAACAUAUCAUCCAGAUAAAAAUCCAGGAGACAAAUAAGCCACAAAAAGAUUUCAAGAUAUCAACAAAGCUUAUGAAAUAUUAACAGAUCCUGAAAAAAGAAUGAUAUAUGAUUUGUAAGACCUUUUCAUAUUAUUUCUAGUUAUGGUGAAGAAGGUCUUACAAAUCCACAAUAUUAUAAUAGACCUAAAGGUCCUAAUGCUUAAGCAGAAAUAUAAGUAACAUUAGAAGAAUUGUAUAAUGGUACAGAUAGAGAAUUUACUUUACAAAAGAAAGUAUUAUGCAAAUAGUGUAAAGGAACUGGAUCAAAAGAUGGAACAUUAAAAAUUUGCAAACAUUGUAAUGGUAGAGGUUAAAGAAUGCAAAAUGUUAAUAUGGGAAUAGGAUUUACAGUAUAAAUGCAAACUGUUUGUGAUAGAUGUGGAGGUAGAGGUAAAAUUAGUUCAGGAAAUUGUGCUAAUUGUAGAGGAAAUAGAGUUUAAUAAACAUCUAAGACCUUAUAAAUUGAAGUUGAAAAAGGGAUGACUGAUGGAUAAACUAUAGUUUUUAGAGGAGAAAGUGAAUAAAGUCCAGAUUAUUUCCCAGGAGAUGUCAUCUUUUAUUUAAGACAAAUAAAGCAUCCUCUUUUUGAAAGAAAGGGUAAUGAUUUAUAUAUGGAUAUGGAAAUUACUUUAAAAGAAGCAAUCUUAGGAUUUAAGAAGAGAGUUAAGCAUUUAGAUAAUCAUUAUGUUGAAGUUGAAAGCAAUAAAAUUAUUUAACCAUUUGAAGUAUAUAAUUAUAAUUAUUAAAAUCUAUUAGGUCAAAUAAAUUGCCUAAGAGGGUAUGCCUAUUCAUUAACUUCCAAGUGUUAAAGGUGAUUUGUACAUAAAAUUCAUAGUAAAGAUGCCUAUCAAAUUAAAUGAAUAAGAAAAGGAAUUCAUAAGGAAAAUAUUUGCUUGA